AUGCUGAUUGGUGGGAUUGUUAAGCCUAAGCUUGUUGAUCACAAGAGAAAAUAUACACCUUCUGAUAUUCGGAGUGAUGUGAAAAUAUAUCUGGGAGUUGAUGUUAAUUACUCGUUGGUUUGUAGGGCUAAAGAGAAGGCUUUGAUUUCCUUGAGGGGCACCACUUCUGCAUCUUACAACAAACUUCCUGCAUACUUGUAUAUGAUGGAUAUUACAUAUCCAGGCUCGCAUAUACGUCUGAAGAAAAUCGACAAAAAUGAGUUCUUAUAUCUUUUUGUUGCAUUGAAUUGUUUCAUACAAGGCGUUGAUCAUUGCAGGCCUGUAAUCGUUGUUGAUAGAAGUCACCUAAGAGGACCGUAUAAUGGGACGGAUGGAGAAGGACAUAUUUUCCCACUAGCAUAUGGUAUCAUUGAUUCGGAAAAUGACGCCGCUUGGACUUGGUUCUUUGUACAACUAAGGGAGGCUUAUGGGGAAAGGAGUAAUAUGUGUGUUGUCUCUGAUAGAAAUGAGAGCAUUAUAAAGGCAGUGACAAGAGUGUAUAAUAAUGUGUCGCAUUAUGCUUGUAUGUGGCAUUUGUGGGAUAAUGUUGAAAAGAAAUUUAGAAAAUCCUCCAAGGAGCUAAGUCCUGUAUUUUAUACAAUGGCAAAGACAUGCAAUAAACUUGAGUUUGAUAGGGUACUGGAUACUGUAGAAAAGGUUGAUGUAGGUGUUAAAGAAUAUUUGAAGCUAGCUGGAUAUGAUAAGUGGUCAAGGUGUCAUGCAGAAACUCAUCGGGGAUGGGCUAUGACGUCUAAUAUUGUAGAGAGUAUAAAUGGUGCACUAGUGUCGGCGAGGGAAUUAUCAAUUUUUAAUUUUUUGGAAGAGGUUAGACUGAUGUUUGGGAGAUGGAAUCAUGACAACAAACAUGAGGCAACAUGUACAUUUACUCCGUUGAUUGAAAAUUUUCAAAAUAUACUGGUCGAAAAUGAAGCAAUGAGCACACGAAUGGGGGUUGUGCCGUCGACUGAAUAUAUACACAAUGUGACUAAUGAUGAUAGGAGUUUUGUGGUCUGUUUAAAGAAUAAAACAUGCAGUUGUGGAAAGUUUCAAUACGAAGAAAUACCAUGUGAACAUGCUUGGGCCGUACUGAAGCGAAAAAGUCUAGUAGCUGAUGGAUAUUGCUCGAAUUUGUACAAACCAAUUACAGUUUUGAAGAUUUAUGAGAUAUCGAUUUAUCAUUUGCCUGAUGUAGCAGAAUGGGUGAUACCUGAAUACAUAAUGUAUGGUGAAGUUCGGCCUCUAAAAUUCAAAAGACCUCCAGGAAGGCCAAAAGAGAGACCUUGUACAAAAACAACACGUGAAUUGCUUGGUCUCAAAGGGAAGCAUACAUGUAGCACAUGUGAAGUUGCAGGUCACAAUAGGCGUUCAUGUUGA